GCCAGUGCGCAUGCGCCGGAAGUUGCUGCCGCAGACAGCAGCAGCAGCAGUGAUUCGGCAGCGCAGGGCAACGGGAGAAAAUCUGUCCGUUUUAAACCAUGGCGACGUACUAAACGAUGCCUUUCGCAGAGGAAAACGGAGAGAAGCUGGUGCAAAUCCAGAACACCACACCACGCCAUGACUUUCACAUGAAAUCUCUAAAGGCAAGAGUCGUCUGACCUUUGAAUGUUGGCAAAAACUGGGUUGAAGAAUUCAUGUGCUGUGUGCAUUUGAAGAACUGCAAUGCAGGGGUGUAUCCAGACUGUUUUGGAGUGGAGUGGCCCAACUGGUGCACUGACUCAUGCUAGGGUGGCAUAAAUGUGAGGAGAAGUGUGUGUCCCAUGUUGCAUUAGUGUCUGUGUGAAAUGCUGGCCUGUCUGCCAGGGCCAGGUGACCUCCCCCUCCAGCUUCUCCCCCACACGCAGAUGAACACUGGACUUCAGAAAUGGGACACCACACAAAGGAUGAGAUCCGCUCCGUUUCCGACCCCUGCAGAAUUGGAUGCAUAUGCUAAGAAGGUUGCCAACAACCCCCUCACCAUCAAGAUCUUCCCCAACAGCGUAAAGGUCCCCCAGAGAAACCACGUGCGGCGUACCGUCAACGGGCUGGAUACGUCAGGCCAGCGCUACAGCCCUUAUCCUUCCUCUCAGGCCAGUGCCAAGACAGGCCUCCUCGCCAUCAUCAGGGUACCCUCAGUCAAAGGCAUCCUCAAAGAUUUCGACGGCAGCCGGGCUCGCCUGCACCCUGAAGUCAUCAUGAACCCUCACAACGGAUCCUACCAAGUGGCUUCAACUAGCACUUUAAACCACCACCCACCUCUGCAGAACCUCCCCCGGCUCCAGCAGAACGUAUCCCUUCAACCACAGGAACCGCCUCAGACUCUGCAGAUGCCCCUCCCUCAGCAGCAGGGUCACACCCAGAGCCUCAGACACCCUCCCCCUAUGGCCCAGCAUCCUCAGGGUCCACCCAGACACCAGACUCUGUGUCAGCAUCCAGCCCUUGUCCCCCAACAGGGGCCCCCUACCAUCAUGCUUCAGCAGCAGCACCUUCAGCAGCAGCAGCCGCCUCCUGGCCUGCAAGGGGGCAGGAAGCUGCCAGAUGGUGACGCACCACCUAAUGUUACUGUCUCUACCUCAACCAUUCCACUCUCUAUGGCUGCAGGGCUGCACCAGGGCCGUCAGGCCGACCUGAGCACCAUUGUGCAUCAGAUCAAUCAAUUCUGUCAAGCCCGGGCCCAAGGUGCAGGAGCCACCUCCAUGUGCGAGGGCCAGAUUGCUAACCCCAGUCCCAUCAGCCGCAACCUGCUUAUCAGCGCCUGCUCCAGGGUCUCCAUGCACAACAACCAUGCCACCGCUGGCUACCCCCCACAUAACUGCAUACUUGGCCCUCAAGAGAAAGCCACGGCCCCAGUGGGAGCUCUCCCUCCACACACUGUGGCUGCCAUGAACCACUUGCCUUCAAACCAUGCUGAUCACAAGCAGCAGCACCACCUGCAGCAUCAGCACCAACAACCCAAUCAGCAGCAACAACAGCUACAACAUAACUCACAGCAGCAGAAGAUGCACUCUUGGAAUCAGCAUCAGUUGGCUCACAUACCCCACAUUCAGAACGGUGGAAAUCACCUUUGCAAGCAGCCCUCCAGGGACCCUGCCUUCAGUUUUAAGGGCAUGGGCUACCCGGCAGAGGUGUGUGUGGGUCAGCCUUACACACUUAACCCUCCUGUCGACAGGCCAACCCCCUCUCCCCCCGUCAUCAACAACGGCAUGCCUGGCCCCAUGGUCCACUACACCAAUGGUCACUACUUCCAGCCCCACAUUUGGAACAGCAGCAUCCUCCCCACACCCAACAGUGACAGCUCUGGCUCUCAGGACAUAGCCAUGCCAUUCCACGGUGCGGGCCCCGGGGGCUGCACCACACUGGACUGUGGGCCCCUUGGGGCUCCCCAUUAUAGGCUAGGAACAAGCUCCUGCACCACCUCCUCCUCGGCCCAGACUAAUCUGAUGCAAACAGCAGAUUACUUGGGUGGGGACUUCCAGACGCCCUACUUCCGCGAUCAGAAUCUCGGUUUGAUGGGCAAGAUGCACAGGCCUCCUCUGAGCAGGGUAGGACCAGAGGUUGGGGAUGGCAGGAGCUCUCUCAUCCAGCACCCAGGGUACAGAUAAGCUAUGGCCUUGUCUACACGACAGUUAUCAAAACCCUUUUGUUUAGUCUUAAGACAGGAAACACAUGAAUACAACUCCAUUGAUAACUUAAAAAAAUGACUGCUAAUGUUAAAGAGGGUAAAUUAAUAUAUUUAAUGAAGACAUACAGUAGUUUUUUGGUUCUUUUUUUAAGAAUCUUGCAAGUGAUCAAUUGCUACUUUAAUUUUUGUUAUUGAGUGCUUUUACCUGGCACUUAAGGGAACUCAUGUGGGUGUGUAUACACUGUGUUUGUGUCAUUCCCAUCUUCUUCCUCUAUCGUGUGCCUGGGUCUCAACUGAUCCUGUGUCAGUUUUUCUUCAGAACUAUCCGUCAAGUUUUCUUGCAUGUCAGAGAAAAGACAUCCCUCCCUGUGGAACACCACAUCUGCUGAUGGUUGGUUUUCUAAAAGGUUGACUCUGACUAGUUCAUAGUUUUCUUUUGGUGUUAACACUCAUAUCUUACUGUAACUUAAUGAUUACAAACAAUCAUUUGGAGACAGUAGACAGUGUAAUCUUGUUUCAGUGCAUACUGUUAGACCCUGGAGGCUUCAGAAUACAGUUGGAAAAGCUUGCGAUGUGCACAUGUACACAUAGGUUUUGUUAUUUUAAAUGUAAUUAUUUAUUUGUAUUAUAGGACUACUCAUGGUUCAUUUUUCUGUCAGUUAAGGAUGCAUGUAAUCAGGUUGUUUGUACAUAUUUAAGACCCAGCAGUGAGCAAACAUGUUAAAAGAGGUGAAGCUCUGUCUGGCUGAAAAUGCUGCAAUUAAUUCAGGUCCUCUAAAAAUGUUCUUCAUGGUUUGGCAACAUACAUGUGAAAUGUUUUGUGCAGAAAAGUCAUGAAAGAUUAACUAUCAUACCUUGAAAAUGGCCAAAGUCAGGUUAACAAGGACACACUGUUAUGAAGAUGUGCCAUUUUAUGUUUCCAUUUCACAUUGCUUUUUUGUUACCAUGACAAAUGUAUUACUUGAAUGUUGAAAAGACUCUGGAGCAAAAGAGAUAAUAGUGUUAUUACAGGCGUGGAGAGAUGAACUACAGGUCUAAGCAGAGUUUUGAUUCUGAGUGGGGGAACUUUAGUGAAUCAAGUUAUGUGUAGUUGCUACUGAAGUCUGCUUGAAAAGACCAAAUUGAUCACUUGCAAGAUCACCUGGAGGAAAACAAAACUGACUCUUAAGUUCAAAGUGAAACAGCAAAUGCAUUGUUUAUUUUAUUGUACACUGGCUUACCUACUAGACUACUGUAACUUUAAAGUUUAAUGAUUGUGUGUGAGUGUUGCCUGCUGAUGUGGGUAGAUAUAAGGGUGAGUGUGUGUGUGUGUGCGAGAGAAAGUGUGUGUGUAUAAAACACAAUGAUGCCCAUGUUUUGUUCACCUAAUUCCCUAACAGCCCUCAAAAAGCCUUAAGUGUUUGGUCCUUGGACUUCCCUUGAAAAUGAGCAUGGUUUUAAUAAAAACCCCAAAUAAUAAGGAGAAAGAAUACGCUAAGGAAACACAGAAACAGCAUUUUUUUUUUUUCUUGUUUUUUUUUCUGGUCUUUUAUUUUAAUGAAGUUUUGUUGAUUAGACAGAGCAAUUCCUUGGAGAUUCUUUAUUAUGGAAAGCAAGAAAAGGAGUAAUAUUUUGUAAUUAUAUAUUUUAGCAACGUGUAGUUACUGAGCUGUAACAUUUUUUUUCCAGGUUUCAAAGCUUCAGUUUGCAGUUGUGACUAUUUAUAAUACUUGAUUUGCUUGUUAUUUAAAUUUUCUUUGUUUCUUGUACUAUUGCUGUGAAAUGGAAGAAGGUCCAUAAGCCUUUCUUUUGUGUCAUUCUGUACGACAGAGAAAGAGGCAAGAGCGUGAGAGUUGUGCUACUCUUUUUGUAAUAUUGUAAUAAUAAAAUAAAGUUCUAAUUUAUGCUUUGAAA